AUGCCUUUCUCGAGACUCUUAUGAGACAUCACUUCAUAAGCUGUUCCGGCGCAUAGCAGCCAAUUACCCAAGCACUCUUCGUCUCGUGAAUCGCCCGCCCGUCCAACGCCCAUCAUGGAUCAGCAACAGUCUCCUUUACUCCGUCUACCGACCGAGAUCAAACUUAUCAUUUGGGACAUGCUCUUCCUCCCGGGCCAUGGGAUCAGUGCAGCUAAAGCAGUUUCCCGCGCGACAACACAAUCGCAUGAACAAGACGCAAACCCCGAAGAGCCCUGGACAAUCCAUAUUCAUAAUCUUCCCCCUUCAGAAUCCGGUCCUCCUCCACUCCACCGUUCAACGUACCUCAUCCGCAAUCACACCACGCUCUUCACUUCCCGCACCACGCGCACAACAUACGCCCUCGCCCUGCCGCCCAACACACCUCCCUCCACCCCCCUCACCACCAUCUACCCUUUCCGUGCCGCCAUCUCCCUCCUCGCAACCUGCAAGUACCUCCACGCCACCCUCACCCCGCUGCUCUACUCCUCAUACUCCUUCUCCUUCGCCACAAACAUCGAGGCCAUCCCGCCAUUCCUUGCCGACCGCGGACCCCUCGCCCGCGCUCAUAUCCGCCAUCUCGCACUCACGAAGCGCGCCGCUCCGUAUACAUUGUCUGCCGACGCAGCUGCUUGGACCACGGCUAUGGCGUUUCUCGCUGCUCCAUCGUCGGGGCUGCGGCUUGACAGUAUCGAUCUUGGCGUCCAGGCACUGAUUCCUGGUGGCAGCGGUGCUGCUACUAGUGCGAAUGCUGAUGAUGAUGAUACCGCCUGGGCCGCUCUACCGGUCGUCGACAGCGGCUGGUUCCGCGCCGCGAGCUGCAUGGGUGUCUUUGGUGGUGGCGCCGGUGGUGGUGAGGGUCUGGGUUGGGCGGAGCAGAUGCAUCGUGUUCGGGGGCUCAGUUGUGUUACUGUGCGCGGUGUGCGCGAGAGGUGUGCGAUGCCGACGAGUGCGCAGAUGGUGUUUUGGGUGGGCUUUUCGAGGAGUAUUGAGCUUGGGUUUCGGAGGUGGUGUUGGGAGGAGAUGGUGCGUGGUGGUGCGUGAUGGGAUUGAUGGGGUUGAUGGGAGGAGUGAGUGUGGGAGGAAGGGGAAGAAGGCAUUGUGAUGCGAUGAGGAGAGCGCGCUGCUCGUUCAAGGAAUACAGAUGUCUGAGACCUGAUGUUGGACGUCAGUUCACAGGAUCACAUACAUUACGUGUCUCAUCACCCCUUGACGCAAACUAUACUCUCUAAAAUAUUCACUAGAGUUUCGUGGCAUUCAACGUAUAUAGACAUAGAUAGAUGGAUAGACCAUUAGACCACAGUAUAUUAUCUCUAC